AUGACGGUUAAGACCAUUUAUAUCGUCAGACAUGGUUACCGAUCCAACUGGCUUCCAGAACCAUAUCCACAGCCGCCAACAGGUGUAAAUAGUGAUUUUCCAUUAGCCGAGCAUGGACUUGAGCAAGCCAAGGAAUUAGCGCAUUAUAUUUUAUCGAUAGGUACUCAGCCUGAGGUAUUAUUUUCUUCUCCCUUUUUCCGUUGCUUACAGACAUCUGAACCCAUAGCUGAUGUGUUAGAAUUACCCAUAUAUCUCGAGCGAGGAAUCGGUGAAUGGUAUAAACCAGAUCGUGAGGUGAUUCCUGAGCCUGCUAGUUUUGAAGUACUGCAUAAUUUUUUCCCAGGGAAAUUAAAGGAUGAUUGGGAAUCUACUGUAAUACCAAGUAACAGCGGUGAGACUGAAGAGGACAUUUUUGAGCGUUGUAAGGCAUUUUGGCCGUCUUUUGUGUCAAGGGUCGAGGAAAGGUUUCCUAAUGUGGAGCAUAUAAUGUUGGUGACGCACGCGGCUACUAAAAUCGCUCUAGGAAUGAAUCUCUUGGGUUUUACCAAUGUCCGCGAUUCAAUUGACGAAGAUGGCACCAUUAUUAGGAGUGGAGCAUGUUCACUAGACAAGUAUGAGCUUCUUGGCGAUGAUCCCGACAUUCCUUUCGACAGACGACUCUGGAAGAUGACUAUGAACGGUAAUACAGAGUUUUUGUCCCAGGGGGAGGAAAUGUGCUGGGAUUUUAGCAAUGGCUUUGAGGCCGGCUCUGAUGCAGACGUUCAGGCCAGGCAGGCGGCAAGAAUUACUGCUGAUACGAGCAAAGAGAAUGGGAAUUCUGAACAACUUGUAGAUGACAUUGAGCAUGUUUACGUGAGCAUAGAUCUGCCAAACCACAACUACCGUGAAUUAAAUGAACUAGUACAUACAGCAACAAUGCAAUAUUCUGGUCUUGGCAAAGAGAAUCCACUCGUAAAAAUAGGAGAUCAUUUAUACGAGGGGAGUUGGAAAAAGCUCAUUGGGACGGAGCUAGCCUUUCCUAAUGCCGCAGCAGCUAAAAAGAAGAUAAACCAAGAUAUAAAAGGUGAAAUUAGUAAAACUGCCGAAACGAAGACAUUACAGGAAGACUAUUCUUCGACGCAUGAGAAAGUUAUGCCUGAAAAAAUCUAUAGAAUAGUAGACCGGUUGGAGUUGAGCGAAGUAGACCACGUCUGA